AGUACCAUCUCUACAGACAGGAGAGACAAAAAUACCCAUUGCUCUUUGAGACAACAACAUGCCGCUUCCAUCCCGGAGAGUGAGAAACCUGCAGUCUGUGUUAAUUAAGUCUGUCAGUCAAACAGGUCCUGCCGACUUAGAGGUACAACCCCAGGAUGUGCUGCACAGCACGCUCGGUGUGUACGAGCUGCAGUACCUGCAGUUCACCGGCUGCUUCAGCAAUGUCGCCAAAUGCAAAGACGUCAAAACCAAAGACAUUGUGGCCGUUAAGAUCUUCAAGAAGAGGGCCACUGGUUCCCUUCAGCCCAACAGAGAGCUGGCCAUGCUGAAAAUGAUCCGUGGUCUCGAUCCAGAAAACAUUGUUCGGUUCUUCGAGGACUUUGAACACAAGGGACACACUUGUCUUGUGUUCGAAAUGUUGGACAAGAAUCUGCACGAGCUUCUGAAGGAGAGACGCGGCAACCGCUUCUCUCUUCUAAAAAUCAGACCCAUCGCGCAACAGCUGCUCACCGCGCUCGAGUCUCUGAAGACCGCCGGUAUCAUUCAUACUAAUAUCAGACCGCGAAACAUCAUGUUGACGAGGCAAAAGCACCUCAGAGUCAAACUCAUUGGCUUUGGUUCCGCCAUCGCAGCCACUGAAGUCCAGCGAGGCGUUAUCAUGCAGCCUGUCGCAUACAGGUCUCCGGAUGUAAUUCUGGGCCUUCCCGUCUCAGAAGCAGUAGACGUGUGGUCUCUGGGUGGCGUUUUGGCGACCAUGUUCCUCGGCAGCCUGCCAUUCCCUCAGCGGUGCCAGUAUGACCAGGUGAAAACUAUGGUGGAGACGCUGGGUCAGCCGGAGGACACACUCCUAAGUGACGGCGCCCACACUCUGUUCUAUUUCAGCCCUAACCAGGACUCCACAACACCGGCAUGGAGGCUCAACACGGUUGAGGAGUACAAGGCCGCGACUGGCUUUCCAGCACAAAAACACAGUGGCAGCUCAACAAGGUUCAAAUGUCUGAAUGAGCUGGUGAUGCUGAACCCAGAAGACAGCGUUGUGUAUAAGAUGAGGUUUGUCAGGCUCCUGGGUGCGAUGCUGCGCCUGAAUCCUCAGAAGAGAAUAACGCCAAGUGAUGCUCUGCACCACCCAUUUAUAACCCUGACCGAGCCGUAUGGUGAGGAAGUCGUAGCCCCCGCCCAACCAAGCAGCUCGGAUGGCGGAGACGUACCUGCUGUUUGCUCCAAUGACACCUCAGUUGGUGUUGCCGUUUCAGCGCAAGGCCAUUCAGGGGACGCUCCCGCGAUGACCGGCCUAAAUGAGGCCUCGAAGAGCACCGCCUCUGAACAUGACAUUUUAACAAGUGAGUCUAUGAGAGCAGUUUCAGCUCCCGCUGGCGGAGACCCAGACGCCGGUGCCCCGUACGAUCAAGCCACAGAUGCCACUGCUGGUUCAGCUGGUUAUGAUGAUGAAGCUGCGGUCUUCCCUGCCCCUGCGGAGGCUACAGACGCCCCUGUGACGACUGACCUGUAUGACGUUGUUUCAGCUGACGAAUGUACAGUCACAGCUGAUGAAGCUUCGACCGCGUCGCCCAUGACUAAAUCGGACGAGGGUGCAGUCUAUAGUCCCUCUGACACCGCUGAUGCCCACGUCGGCUCUGAUGGAGUCUCGGCCACCGGCUCCAGAAACUGACGGGUGAAAAGGGUGAAAAGAUUCUUCGGCAGGAUGUUUAGGGCCCUGUGCUGCUGCUGCUGCUGCACCGCAAAUGUUGAGCAAUGAUUUAGUGUAAUAAUGUACUUUGUUCGUUGUUAAUCCUUGUAAAAUAAACUAAAAUAUGAACUG